CCUCAUAUUUUUUACAUUGUGCAUCAGUUAAACAAGGAAUUUUCUUUCUCUCUUCAAUCUUCAAUUCACAUGAUAGUUGAUGUUUUUUACUAAGUUUAUCAACUUUAGAACAGAGAAUAAGAAAUAAGGAACUAAUUAGGAUUAAAAUAGAAUAAAGCAUGGAUAGCAGGGUGCGCGAUACACUAAUAGAAAUGAACCGAAUACCAGAGCGCAAGAAACAAAAAUUCAAAACAGAAGCAAUUCAAAGGUCACAUGCUAAACUGGCACAUAACUUGAAAUCCAAGCUGAAAUUAAGGAAAUUUAAUAAUAAAGCCAAAAGAUACGUUCCAAAAUUGCCGAAAGUGACACCACCAUGUGUUCGGGGAUUUUUUCACGAAGUUUUUCCUUUUGUGGAUAUCAUGAGGAAUUACAGCCCAAGAAAGUCAUUACUGAAAGACUUUGUCGCUGGAAUAACUGUUGGGAUCAUUCACAUACCACAAGGAAUGGCGUAUGGUUUCCUUAGUGGGCUACCACCAGUUUACGGUUUAUACACUUCAUUCUUUCCAGUCAUUAUGUAUUUCUUCUUUGGAUCAUCAAAACAUAUAUCCAUGGGGACGUUUGCAGUGACCAGUUUGAUGGUUGGAGCUGUUGUGGAGAGGGGGUAUGAUCAAUACUCAAGUGAAACUCCUAUCACGAGUGACUUCGGUGAGUUAAAUUCCACCCAAGUCAACCAAACCAACACUACAACCAUGUCACCAGUGGCAGAUCAAAAUUUUGACCAUAUCAAACUCGGUAUGGCUAUGUCUGUUACAUUCGUAGCCGGAAUAAUACAGCUAAUUCUCGGAAUAUUCAGAUUGGGUUACUUAGCAUCUUUCCUGUCAGAUCCUUUGAUUAGUGGCUUUACAUGCGGCGCUGCAGUCCACGUAUUCUCUAGUCAGGUGUCACAUCUGUUUGGGGUACCUGUGCCAAACUACCAUGGAGCAUUCAAGUUAAUUUAUUAUUAUCGAGAUUUCUUCAAGAACCUGCAUUUGACAAAUCCAGUCACUUCGACAGCUUCAGUAACAUGCACAUUUGUCCUGAUUCUAAUAAAAGAAGGGAUCAACAAUAACCCUACAUGUGAACCUGACUUGCUAGUACCAGUACCCGUAGAGCUAAUUGUGGUUGUGGCAUCUACUGUAAUUUCCCAUUAUACAAAGAUCCACGAGGAAUUCAAGGUAGAAGUCGUUGGACACAUUCCUGUUGGGUUGCCUCCAAUGGAAGUCACACACCUUGGAUAUGUCUGGGAUGUAAUUGGUGAUUCUUUCGCUAUUGCGUGUAUAAGCUUUGCCAUUUCAUAUUCCAUGGCCAAGAUACUCGCUGAGAGGAAUGACUACAAAAUAAAUCCAAAUCAGGAAUUGGUAGCUAGCGGCGUCUGUAACGUCUUUGGAUCAAUGUGUUCCUCGUUUUGUUCAGCCGCAUCAUUGUCAAGGAGUUUAGUGCAGGAAAACGCCGGGGGACGCUCACAGAUUGUUGGAUUAUUUUCCAGUUCUUUAGUCUUAAUAGUUUUACUGUAUCUUGGACCAAUGUUUGAGUCCCUUCCAACUUGCAUAUUGGCUUGUGUGAUUAUAGUAACGCUAAAAGGAAUAUUCAAACAAUUUUACGAUAUGAUUAUAUUAUGGAGAUUAUGUAAAAGAGACUUCACUGUUUGGUUCGUGACAUUUCUUGCAACAGUUAUCUUGGAUGUGGGCCUUGGAUUAAUGGUUGGCAUUGCAUUUGCAUUCUUUUUCGUUCUGAGAAAUUCAUUAAGACCACACAUGUGUGUGUUAGGCAACGUUCCAGGCACAUCAGUUUAUAGAGACAUUGCUACCAAUAGAACGGUAACAGAAGUUCCAGGUAUCAAAAUCUUUAGAUUCGAAUCAAACCUUUAUUUCGCAAACGCCGAUCAGUUCAGGGAUAGAUUAUACGAUAAGACGAAGAUAAAUCCAAGAAAAUUAAAAUCAAAGAAACAGAAGACUUUGUAUAAAGCAUUACUUCAGAGAAAAAGGGAAUUGGAACUUGCGGAGAUAGAAGCUAAAGCUGAAAAGAAAAGAACGAAGAAAGAACUUGAAAAGCAAAAAAGUUCGAUUGAGGAAGAGGUGAAUAAAGAAAUCCCUGUAGAAUGGACAGAAGAACAUGACCAGUUACUAGCCAAAGAGAAAAAGGAACUAAAAAGGAUUUUCCUUAGAGCUUGGAUACCACCAAUACACACGCUUAUCAUUGAUUGUUCUGUAGUUAGCUAUUUAGAUACAGUGGCCGUCAAAGUUUUAACACAGAUAUUUGCAGAUUUUAAAGAAAUUGGAAUAAAAGUAUUCCUUGCUGGAUGUAGAGAGGACGUAAGAGACUUGUUAAAGAGAACGGAAUUUUACCGCUCUGUAGAUUACAACCCUAUUUAUUACACAGUACAUGAAGCCGUGGUCAUUGCAAACGAACUUAAUACUAUUAAUUUGUUUCAGAGAGAACCAGGUCGUGUUGACAUGCACUCUAUAGAAACAGAAACAGACAUAGAUCAAUCUUUAGCAACUACAUCUGGCAAUACAUAUUCAUCUGCAAAUGAACAACAAGGAGCAGAAUCAAAAAUUAAACAAAUUCAGGUAUGAGUUUGCUCAGCUACGACCAUGAUUGCAGCUGAUAUGCCUAUGCAACAAGAUAGUCCCCACAACGAAAAGUCUGUCUCAUAGCAAUAUACAUACUGUGGAAGUUCAUGUACUUUUACUUAAAUUUGUGUAUAGUAUGAUCCUGUGUAUAUGCACUUUAUAUCAAUUUCAGAUAUAUGGUUAAUUCCGUUACAAUUUAUAUGAUUGGUGUCUAUUUAAAGCAUAAACCUUUUAUGCACAAAUCUGUAGAAGAAGUGCGUAUUGGUGAUGUAAAUAAACUUUUAACUUACAAAAUGUAUUUAACAGAUGCAAUGUAUAUAGAUUUUUUUAUCAUUGUACACACAAAUAUAUAUUUUCCAAUUGAUAUCAAAUUAUUUUACACGUCUUAAGAUUAGAUCAAAUUAUUUAUA